CGUUUGUUGGCUUCCGUGCAAUAAACGAGUUCUUCCAAAAGGCGUUUUGGGGGAUUGGGAGUCCUAUUCAAAGGAUUCCCUGCUUUGAUUGGAUCGCAUCGAGUGCUUUCUUGGGGUUUUUGGUUCGGUGAAAAGAGCCUUGCCCAUCCGGGCGGGUUUUGGGUAUUUCUUUCGGUUUUUUGGGGGAUUUUCGUGUGUUUUUGGAGGGGAUUUUUGUGUUGAUUUUUUGUAGUUGGUGUUGGAUUUUCCUUUUUUAGCUGAGAAGAUGACGGUAGGGGCGGGGAUAUCGAUUGCGGAUGGGAAUUUGAUGGUGCUGGGGACCAAGAUCUUGUCGGAUGUUCAUGGGAACGUCCUCUUGACGCCGGCCUGUGGGAAUGGGAUGAUGAAUGGGGCUUUCAUCGGCGUCAGAUCCGAUCAGGCUGGGAGUCGCAAUGUCUUCCCCGUCGGAAAGCUUCAGGAUUUACGGUUCAUGUGCACAUUCCGAUUCAAGCUGUGGUGGAUGACUCAGAGGAUGGGUUCGUUCGGCCGAGACAUCCCCUUUGAAACCCAGUUCCUGAUCGUCGAGGGAAGCGAUGGCUCUCACUUUGGGGAGGGGAAUGAAGAUGGGGUGGGGCAAUCUGCAGUCUAUACUGUGUUCUUGCCAAUUCUUGAGGGAGAUUUUCGAGCAGUUCUUCAGGGAAACGCAAAUGAUGAGCUGGAAAUUUGUUUGGAGAGUGGUGAUCCAGCUGUUGAAGCAUUUGAAGGAACACAUUUAGUUUUCAUGGGAGCCGGAUCAGACCCAUUUGAGGUUAUUACAGAUACAGUAAAGACUGUUGAGAGGCACUUACAGAGUUUCUCUCACAGGGAAAAGAAGAAGAUGCCAGAUAUGUUAAACUGGUUUGGCUGGUGCACAUGGGAUGCCUUUUAUACUAAUGUGACUGCUGAGGGGGUUAAACAGGGACUAGAAAGCUUAGAGAAAGGUGGAAUUCAUCCAAAGUUUGUUAUAAUUGAUGACGGCUGGCAAUCUGUGGCGAUGGAUUCUAAUGGUAUUGCUUCCAUAGCAGAUGAUGCAGCAAACUUUGCAAACAGGCUAACCCAUAUUAGGGAAAACCAUAAAUUCCAGAAAAAUGGCAAAGAGGGCCGCCGAGAUGAAGAUCCUGCAAAUGGCUUUGCUCACAUUGUCAGUGAAAUCAAGGGAAAACAUGACCUAAAGCAUGUUUAUGUGUGGCAUGCAAUUACUGGGUACUGGGGUGGAGUAAGGCCUGGUGUUACUGGAAUGGAACAUUAUGAGUCCAAGUUGCAAUACCCCAUUUCAUCACCAGGGGUUCAGUCAAAUGAACAUUGUGAUUGUUUGAACAACAUAACAACCAAUGGCCUUGGCCUUGUGAACCCAGAGAAAGUGUACAAUUUCUACAAUGAACUCCACUCAUAUCUUGCAUCUGCUGGGAUUGAUGGGGUCAAAGUAGAUGUGCAGAACAUUCUUGAAACCCUUGGUGCAGGCCAUGGUGGAAGAGUACAGCUUGCCAGAAAGUACCACCUAGCCUUGGAGGCUUCCAUUGGUAGGAAUUUCCCAGACAAUGGAAUUAUAUCUUGCAUGAGCCACAAUACCGACAACUUAUACAGCUCAAAGAGGACUGCUGUUGUGAGGGCCUCUGAUGAUUUCUGGCCAAGAGAUCCAGCAUCCCACACAAUUCAUAUAGCAUCUGUCGCAUAUAAUACUGUUUUUCUUGGAGAGUUUAUGCAGCCUGAUUGGGAUAUGUUCCAUAGUCUGCACCCACUGGCAGAAUAUCAUGGGGCGGCACGUGCAAUUGGUGGUUGUGCCAUAUAUGUCAGUGAUAAACCAGGUAUUCAUGACUUCAAUUUGUUGAAGAAGCUUGUUCUUCCGGAUGGAUCUAUCUUGAGAGCCAAACUUCCAGGCAGACCCACAAGAGACUGCUUGUUCUCAGAUCCUGCCAGGGAUGGGAAGAGUCUCCUGAAGAUAUGGAAUUUGAAUGACUACUCUGGAGUAAUUGGAGUCUUCAAUUGUCAAGGAGCUGGCUGGUGCAAAGUUGAAAAGACAAAUUUGAUUCAUGAUGAACAACCUGGCACAAUCACUGGUGUUAUCCGAUCAAAGGAUGUAGAUUACCUUCCAGGGGUCGCUGAUGAUGGCUGGAAUGGUGAUGCUAUUAUAUAUUCUCAUUCAGGAGGAGAUGUGACCUACCUACCAAAGAAUGCAUCUAUGCCUGUGACAUUAAAAUCCCGUGAGUAUGAAGUCUUCACAGUUGUUCCAGUCAAGGAAUUCUCCAAUGGAGCCUCUUUUGCUCCCAUUGGACUGAUUAAGAUGUUCAAUUCUGGUGGAGCUGUCAAGGAGCUAAGAUAUGAGUCCACAAAGAGUGCAAUCAUAGAAUCUAGGGUACGUGGCUCUGGCAUGUUUGGGGCCUACUCAUCAAUCAGGCCAAGGAGAAUAUCAGUUGAUUCGGAGGCAGUAGAGUUCACAUAUGAUGAGGGACGUGGUUUGAUUACCUUCGUUUUAGGGAUACCACAGCAAGAAUUGUACCUGUGGGAUGUAACCACAGAGCUGUAAAUGGUUAGAGUGCAUGGUGUUUUCAGUCCAUUGGAAGACAACAAUCUCACUACCUUGUGAAAACUUGCUGCAAGAUCAUUUGACUACCUUGUGAAACAUAACUGCAACUCUGCAAGAUUUUACAGAGUGGUUGAAGAGAAGCUCUCUGAAUUGUUUAUGGAA